CUGAACACUUUUUACUUUUUUUUCGAAUUUUUUCAAAAUUUCAACAGAUUAGAAACGUAUUUUAAUUAUGUUGAAGUUGAAACUAGGAAAUUAGCAAUAACUAGAAGUAAAAUUGUCUAUUUUAUUCAGUCAAUGCGAAUCAUAUUGCGUUAAAAUGGAACGUUGAUCGAUCUCAGGUUGCCAUCGUUUAGAAUUUGAUCCUCGAAGAAGAAAGAUAUCACCGUACAAUGGAUAAGGUUCCCAACUCUGAUGAGAGUUCAAACUUAGUGCUGCAAAAUUGUCGAAGCUUGGAGCGAUUUUUAGAUACAAUACGUGAACCGAGCCCUGCAGAAGACGAAAUCCUGGAAAUAUUGAAGAAAAAUGUUCAGCUCUUCGUUGCAUUCAUUGAGCUGGAGACUCAGUCGCUAAUUAAUGAUAUACCUUCGAACCAGCAACAGAAUCACAAGAAUGUAGAAGAAUCACAAAAUAAGAACAAAGUUCAAUUUUCGUUUAGUGAUUCGAACCUCCUCCGUGAUGAAAAGAGCACAGAGAAUCAAGCACUCGUUAAUUUACCAGCUCCACCCUGGUCAAAUUCAAAGAAAUCUAUUUUUCCAUCUUCGUCAAAGUCACAGCCUCAGGAAGCCAAUGCUAACAAACCGAAGACACGGAUAGAAACUAUGUUAGGGCUGGAUAUAUUCUCACUUCCUUUUUCUAAGACUAAACGUAAGAACGAACCUUCCUGUAAAAAGAAUGACGCUGUGACUGAGCCUAAGACUAAAACUAAAAACGAACCUUCCUGUGAAGAGAAUGAUGCUGUGGCUGUGCACACAUCUCCCCUCCUAAAGAGUUUGAACCAGCUACAGAAUCACAACAAUGUAGAAGAAUCACAAAAUAAAAACAAAGUUGCAUUUUCGUUUAGUGAAUCGAACCUCCUCCGUGAUGAGAAGACCACAACAAAGAAUUUGAACCAGCAACAGAAUCACAAAAAUAUUGUAGAAGAAUCGCAAAAUAACAACGAAGUUCCAUAUUCGUUAACUGAGUCAAACCUCACCAGUGAUGAGAAAACCACAGAUGAUAGUGAGAAACCAUCGAAAUGCAAUUCUGAUUUGAAAGUCGCCAGUAAACCUGCUGAUACGAUUGAUCGCACACUAAUUAAAGCACCACCUCCUCCAUGGCUAGUCUCAUCCUCAAAUUCAGAGAAAUCUUCAUCAUGUUCGCAGCCUCAGGCAAUUGAGGUAGUAGUCAAUGUUAUGGAACGGAAGAAACAGAAACCUCUUCCUGCGUCAGAUCUGCCAUCAUUACUCUCAUUACAAUUUACUAAUAGUGUUUCUUCCCUUCAUAGUGCUGAAAAGACCACGGAGGAUGGCGUAAAACCGUGGCUAAUUUCAGUCGUGCCAAGUUCCAGCUCUAAUUUAGAGGAAUCUACUUUGUCAUCUUCAUCGUGUUCGCAGCCUAAGGAAGCCAAUGCCAAGAAACCGACACUUCCUGCGUCUGAUAAGGAAGCCAAUGCCAAGAAAUCGGCACUUCCUGAGUCAGAUGAGAAAGCCAAUGACAAGAAACCGACACUUCCUGCUUCAGAUCAGAAAGCCAAUGCCAAGGAACCGACACUUCCUGCGUCAAAUAAGAAAGCCAAGGCCAGGAAACGGAAACGUCCUGCGUCAAAUCAGAAAGCCAAUGCCCAGAUAGAGAUACCGAGUAUUCCUGCGUUAAUGCAGAACACCAGUCCCGAGAUACCGAGUAUUCCUGCAUUACUUCAGAACACCAGUCCCGAGAUACCGAGUAUUCCUGCGUUACUUCAGAACACCGGUCCCGAGAUACCGAGUAUUCCUGCGUUGCUUCGGAAAGCCAAAGCCCAGGCACAGUUACUUCCUGCGUCAAUUCAGAUUCAGAAAGCCAAGAUACCGAAACUUCCUGUGUUAAUGCAGACACCCACUGCCAAGAAACUGAAACUUACUCCGACAAAUCAGAUACCAUUCUUCCCAUUCCAAAUUUCUGGGGUUCAUCCUACUAAAGGAACACAGAAUUAUAUUUUAGCUAGGCAUAAAUUCGGUAAUGGUACUGAUUCUAAAGUGGUAUUUGUUCGUGCUACAUUACUACUCGGCGAUGGUUACGUUUAUGGUGUUGGUACAUAUGUUUCGAGCUCAUUGUCAUUAGACCCCUUAUUGUAUAACAGUUCUUUAUCGAUUCCACAGCUUUCAGCGGCAAUCAGAAGGUUUAAACAACUGCCAGAAAGCGUUUGUAUAUCUAUCGGUAAUAUCGAAGCUGUGCAUGGGUUCAGUAUUUUUGCAAUUCGUCGUCAGUAUCUCAGUCUGUUACAGACUUUGAGCAGUUUGGGAGUACGCAGACUGCAUGUAUUGCCACUGGUGCCUGUUCCUAAAGGUUCGUCAAUUAACCACCUGGCAGUGGCCGAGAUGAUAGCGUCAGAUUGGUCGGAUCCUUUCGGUGGUCUGUAUAUUUUCGAACGCGGUAUUAUUCCUCCGGGCAUUUGCGCAUCUGACUUGUGCCAGCCAAUACCCAAGAAAACUAAGAAAAAAGCUUCGGGACCUUUAAUUACGGUAUGGAAUACACUCGCGGAUGCGAUUCAAAUACGGUUAUGUAGCUAUUAAUUAUUGUUCUUGUGUACCUAUUCGAAGAAACUCUAGAAUUGAGUGUGUGUAAUUUAAAAAAUUGUUUACCUACGAUAUCAAUUUAUACUUACUGUAAAGCUGCAAGAUAAUAUUGUUUAAAGAUGUUAGGUAUUUAUAUGAAUUACCUAUUCGUCGUAGUAAUUUGAAGUAUUUUUAUUAUAGCUGAUUCUUGUUUUUGAACUGUUGUUUACUUUUGUUGCGUAUUUCUUUUUUGAUAUAAUUUUUUUUGUGGUGUUUA